AUGUUACGAAAUUUGGUGAAGAAGGAAAGGCUCACAUUAUCCACUUCUUCAAUUUUCCACUCAUUGUCCACCAUGUAUAUGCUCAAGCCCUUUUACGUACAGAAGACUGGUUUAUUCCAAGCAAAGAGGAUACUACAGUUUUCGUGUGGUACAUUCAAGUCUUUGUCGACCAGACCCAUAGCGCAAAACAUAGGCAACCUUCAAUUGAGGUCACCCAUCAUGUUAGGCAUAGCAGUUGCAACCUCUCUGAGCUUGGUGUUGCCACAGAUUUCAAGCAAACAUGUAAUCCGAAGUGACACGAUCUUGGAUGUGAAACAACGUCAUAAAUCGUUACCCGAAGAAGUGGGCCUACCUUUGCAAUCUCACGCCACUACUAACAGAAGAUUGUAUUACAAAGAAAUGUGUUUGGGAUCUAUUGUUGGACUGGUGACAGGCGUUGUGGUGGGAAAAAUAUCGACAGCGCUGGUAUUUAUAGCAGCUUGUGGCCUGUUAGGUGUCCAAUGGCUUGAAAACAGAGGGCUGAUUAGCAAAAACUCUACAGUAGGCCUAUCCAAAUACGUGAUCAAAACAGGGAAAGACUCGGUUGAUUUUAACACUUUGAUAUGGAACAAAACCAGUUUUAAAGUACCCUUUUUGAUCACAUUCAUCCUGGCGGCAGUGAAUAUAUGA